GUCGUAAGUCUGCGUGUCAGUGUCUCCAUGUGGUUUUUCCUGCAGUGCCUUAGUCUUUUGUUGGAUUUGGGAUUUCUGAGUUUGACUUUAUUAGUAAGUUUUUGUUGCUUUUUAUUUAGUCAUUUUUCCAUUAAAUCACCUUUUAUUCUGCGAUUGGGUUCUUUUUCUGUUUUUUCAACCUCGCCAAUGUGAGUGGGUUGAGUUGCCUUUGUCCAUAAAGAUGUUAACAUGUGUCCACGAUAAAUAGCAUGUUAUCAGCACUGUCAGAAUCAGUCUGUACUCAGUUUGGCUGUAAUUUUGUCUUCUUAAAACACACAGACCCAAACAGGUCCAUGCCCUGCAGGAAGAAAAGCGAUUCUGCAUGUGCUGCAUCUGCCAGUCGUGCAAAACCAACCAGGCUUUUGGUCAAGGGGCUGAGCUGACCGACGAUCACGCUUACUCAUUUAAACUCAGUUCAAAAACAGUGAAAUGUUCCUUUAAACUCUCCAGGCUUCUUCUUCCUCCUGAGGUUUGUUAACAGUGUGUGUGAGCAGGUUAGCUCCGCUCCACCGCCUUUGGCACAAACUCUCAAACUCUAAUAACUCUGAGUUUUCCAAAAACCCUCCCAGAGUCCGCUCUCUCUGCCAAAUGUCACGACUCCUGGAUCCAAAACACCAAAGCAGCGACAGCAGUCCUCCAUAAACACACCGCUGAUGAUGACCACAAAGACCACAUCCAUCUUUGACACCUUUAAGCGCCAACGCUCCUCAUCCUCACAGAUCUCUGCCUCACAUAAACAGAGUGAGUAAAUAUUGAAAUAUUAGUGCAACAAAUCCAGAGAUAUGAAACCAACCUUCAAAGUAUCUGUGAAGUGGAAAACACCCUUGAAAAUGUCUCUGUUUAUUCUCUUCAUACGGUGAACGUCUGUUUUCAUCGACUUUGUACUUUUACUCUUUUACAGAUCCUCUGAGAUUAAAACACACCCUCCACUGAACCACAAAAACACUUCAUUGUUGAUGCAGUGAGUGUCCCUGUAAAGCUAAAUAUCCGACACUCUUAGAGGGAUCAAGCUCUCGUUCAAAGGCUGGGCAUGAUUAAAAAAAAAACAUUUCAUGGAGAUCAUCGAUUAUUCUUAUGGACCUGAAACAAUAUUUAAUAAACAGAGCAUGAAAGCUGAUCUUAAAGGUAAGGUCUGUUUUCUUCUGAUUGAAGCGUUUACAGAUGUUAAACUGAAUUACAGAUAUGAGUCUCCUCAGGCAUCUUUAAUAUUAAUUAUAUAUAUAGUUUAACGUUCUCUGAAAACCUGUGGACAUGUGCAGCUGUGGACAAAAGCUAUCUCUUUUUCAGCUGCAUGAUGGGAAACAGACUAACAGGAAUAAAGUUGUGUUAUUAUGACAGAUAACUGUACAGGAUAGAGUCGGUGUCUGCAGAGGAGAGUGAGAGGCUGUGAUCAGCUGAUCAUUUUAAGAUCCUCCUCAGAGCAGCUUCUCAGGGAAAGAGGACAAACUCUGACGAUUAAACAAAGUGACCGACAUUGAACAGAAAAGAGGACACCUGAGCAGGUGAAACAGGUGUUAUAUAAAUAAAAGAAACCAUCUCUCUUUAGAAGAUAGAACCACACAUGAGAAAACAAAAAGAAAAGAUGCACACUUUACAAAAAUCUUCCAAACACAACAAUUACUCCAGUCUGACUGAAAGCGGUUUUGAGUCCACUGCAGCACAAAGUCCUCUUCAGGUUUGAUUUUCUAAAAGAGUCAGUUUAGUUUUUCUGUCCCAAUUCUGAGCUGAUAAAAAAAGACAAAACUAUGACAGAGAUCACUGCCAGGAUCUAAAAAUCCUGCUAAAUCCAGGAGAAUCAACCUCCAUCACCUCCUCGAUUGGGUCACUCAGGUUUUACCCUCAUCCAAAGUUCCUGAUUUCACCUCUUUUAGUGGCUCCAAGUCAAACAAAUGUGGUGCUGCAAAUCUGACCUUUAAUCUGAGCAUUUAUGAAAACACAAACAGUUGUGAUACAAACUUUCUUGCUUUCAUUUCUCUAUAAAAUGUUUGAUUCAGCACCAGAAAUGCUCCUGUGAGUUGGAACAAUUCAGACAACCCCAAACUUGAAAUCUAAGAUGGCUGCCCCUCCAUCACCUGAACUUCUCAUGGUGUUUAUUUGCAGCUUGUUGGAGCUCAUGGUGGUGGACAGGAGUCAGCAUGAGCAGACUGCACAGCAAACUCUAAUGUACCUAAUGUGCUCUGACCCUUUUCUACGAGGCCCAGCGUGGUCUCUCUCAGCAGUUUGAGUGUCUUUGGCUCCUCUGGUGGAUCAGAUCACAUGGGCCUACCUCUUCUCACCAUAAAGGUCUCUUUUUGGACCACUUUUGACCUCUGCAGACCGGGGGACACCCUACAAGAUCUGCAUGUGGAUGUACCUGUGACUCAUACUAACUCUGACUUGGUGUCCUGAGUCAGAGACUAAUUAAGACAGAUGGAGGUAUUUUUAGUCGGUGCUGAGAUCAUGUUUGUUUCCUCUCUGCUGCAGCUGCUGAUCCUGCUUUUUGUCUCUUUUGUUCCAGUUUUUACUUUAAAUGUUUCAUGAGCUCCUUUUAGCCAGAAGUGAGAAUAUGACAACCUCUUUAUUUACAAACCUGGAUUUAUAUUUUUAUUUUUACUUUUCUGCAACCGAGUUAGGGAUGACAAAAGUUGUGCAUGAGCUAGAAAAGAUGACAACUUUACUCUGGGUCCAGACUCUGUCUUUGCCAAAACAAGGCAGAAAACUUCUGACUUAGUUGUCCCGUUUCUUAAUAAAAGCAUGAAAAAGUUCCCUUGCAUUGACUUUAAACACACUUGAAGGAAAAAACUAAGAAACAUGGAAAAGUCUAAAAUCAUGUCCAGAUCCCCAGAUGAUAAAACGCAGCUGAAGGUCUCCCCUCUGUAAUUAAGACAUUGAUUUUGUGUCGUACUUAAUUGGAUUCAACUGUGACCUUUAGCCGAUAAAAUCAAUUAUGUUUGUACACCUGAGCCAGCAGAUCUUGUGCCGGUAUUAUCAAUCAAUAAAUCAAUCAAUUAAACCUCAUUUGUUUCGUUUUCACACAACAACAUGCAGCAAAAUCCUUGUCUAAGCUGGCAGGAUUAAAAGGAGGUUAAUUUAGACAACAAAACAAGGGAGGAUUACCUCUCCUCCAGAACAAAACACGUCCUAAAACCUUCAUUUUAAGAAGCUGAAGCAUCACAGUGUUGGAUAUCUGCUAUCAGGUGAAAUUGGUUUGUCGUGUCUGCAGAAAAAAGAUUAGCAUCAAAUAAAUCAAACAAGCAGCUGAGCAUUAGUAUCGUCUCUACAGCCUGGUGCAAACCGGGAGUAAAUUUGUCAAACACAAAAUAUUCAUAGAAUAUUAUAUUAUAUCAUCAUGACAUUUUCUUUCUCUCUCUUUUUAUGAAAAGCAAUAACUUCCAGGUAUAAUGUUUCAGUCAGAUGUUAUUUCUGCAAAGUCAAAGCUUUAUAGUGUCAAUCAGGUUGAUGGGACGAUGACGGUGACUCGAUCAAUAUAUCAAUGUCUCCACCUGCACCCUGUGUGCAAAACUGAAGCCAAAAUACUCCCAAAGAUCAGCUGAUGGAGCCACAGUAUGUCUGACAGUCAGCAGAGCUUCACUCUUUGGGAGUUGUCACGUCGUCCAUCUAUCGUUUCUUGACUUUCCUGCAUGGGAGCCUUCUGGGCUUCCUGCCAGUAAACUUGAUUUCACCAAGGACACCGCUGUUUGUGUCCUUUGUACAGUAGACGUCAACUCUGAUGGAUCAUUUAGGCACAAAGCUCUCGAUUGUCUGCUUGAUAGAAAAGUGUUUGGCACCAACAACCUACACAAAAACAGCCGCAGUGUGGUCAUGGCUCACGACCAAAACAGAUCCAGUCAGACACGUCGGGUUUGAAAUGUUUGGAAAUGUUUACCACAGGUUCAAUUUACAUGCAUUUAUUCAAUAGUGUUGAUAAAAUGUUUUAAACCUCCAGCUGGAGUUGAAGUUUGAUGCUGCAGAGUUGAGCUGGUGCAGGACAGAGCAAAGAGAGAAAAGACAUGAUGUAAUUUAGUCAGAACAAUAAACUAUGAGGAUAUGUUUGUUAGGAGACUGAAAAAAUGAAUCAAGUAAGUCUGUUGCUGUAACCAGGAAUCACUGGAUGCAGGUGAAUUAUCAGGAUUAUUUGAGCUCUGCAUGUUGAGAAUAUUUGAACACUUUUUCUGGUGUUGUUGUUUGUAGCCGUUGUUAGCUGUUAUUGUUAGCCGUUGUUAGCUGUUGUUGGUAGCCGUUGUUAGCUGUUAUUGUUAGCCGUUGUUAAUUGUUGUUGUUAGCCGUUCUUAGUUUUUGUUAGCUGUUGUUAGCCAUUGUUAGCUGUUAUUAGCCAUUGUUAGCUGUUGUUAGCCAUUGUUAGUUUUUGCUAGCUGUUGUUAGCCAUUGUCAGCUGUUGUUAGCCGUUGUUAGUUUUUGUUAGCUGUUGUUAGCCAUUGUUAGCUGUUGUUAGCCGUUGUUAGUUUUUGUUAGCUGUUGUUAGCCGUUGUCAGUUGUUGUUUGUUGUUAGCAAUACCAGUUGUAAACAACACAUAACACAGUAUUUGACUCUUACAAACACCACAGCACCAUGUUCACAGUUAGACGUUGGACAGUACAACGUUAACCACUUAUUUAAUUUCACAAAAAACGAAACAGAAGCAGUAAUAAAUAAAACAUUACGAGAGCUUUCACUGUAACUCUUUACUGUUGAUGUACUGCGCUGCCAUCUUGAGUUAUGAUGUUGUCGUCAAGUCGGGGUUGGUAAGGAAAGUCUGAUUUUCUGAGUCGGGAAUCGGACUUCAGGGGGGCGUUCCAGGUUAAUUUCUGUAAGAUACCAAAGUGUCCCCCAUCAUUGUUGACCCGGCUUUUUUCAGCUCUUGUCUGGAUGGUCUACCUCCUUUUCAAGCGCCCGUUAUUUCGGAAAUCCCGACUUCUGAUUACAACUGGAACUCAGCAUUAAUAAUGAAUGAUUCAAACUUGUUUAUUUGGUCUCACUUUUCACCCUGGCUUGUUUUUGACGCCCCAGAACCUUUCAGGUUUUCAUGCUGCUAUUUUCAUCAAGCAAACCGUCACUGAAAAUCAGAAAAUAUCUGCUUUUACUGCAAAUUUACGGAUAAUAAUAGUGUGACUUUAUAAAGUUGUAAGAAGGGUUUGGUUCCCUGCUGAUGUUUUUUCACCACAGCGUGUUUUUAUUACCGUCACAACAAGCCCGUGUUGUUGGUUACACUCAUGCGUCUCCAUCUGUAGAUACAUACAAAUAGAAAAUUAUGUGUUUUUUAUUAUCAGUGUAGUCAGCAGCAGUCGUGUCUCUCAUUAGGAUUAUUUCCCGUCCUUUCGUUUCAUAUCCACUCAAAGUAAUAGUGUGUAAUGAUGUUUCUCUGAAUGCGAUAAUAUCAGCAGACUUCUCUUGGCUUUCUAAUUGCCAGACGUGAUUUCUCAUCGCUCACAUCACCUCACAGGCUCUGCGCCACACGGCGUCUAUCACCAAGUGCAAAUGUCUUAUUUUGGGAGAGAAAGUGAGCACGAUGCUGCCGGCCUGGCGGAGCGUCGCAGCAAAUUAUGGCUUUGUGAAAUGACAGUGUUGUGGGGUAUUAUUGUAAUUAGGAGGAGAGAUCAGUGGAGGCUGAGCAGAUCCACAGGGAGAGGUCUUCUCAUACUCAUCUGGUGUGUGGUUGGAGUCAGAGUUGAUGAGCUUACAGGCUAAUUCAUCUCCCACAAACGGCUCCUCGUGUUCGCCGGUGGCACAGCAGGUGGGGAGCUGCGGGGCCCCAGAAGGAGGCAGAUACAGUGUCAUUUUGUCACAUUUAGAGACGGCGUUUGAGUGUUUAGAUGCAUAGAUUUCAAAUAACAAUGACACGCGGGACAGAUGCGCCUCCUUCACUGAAACAACAGAGGACAGCUGCUGCUGGUGGAACAAGCUGUUUCCACUGACUUCGCUCCCAAAGUUGGAGAGGAACUUUUUUAUUCUGGCUCCUGAAAUCUUUACCCUGCAGUGAGUUGUACUCGGAUCUUUAUGGCGCUCUCGUUGAGCUCAUGAUUAAUGCAUCGGUGUCUGGUUUACUAAACAAUAACACACAAAGUCUGCAUGCAAAAACAAAUGUGAAAACACAGUGGGGAUAUUCUGCAGAUCAACUCUUGUUUUUUUUGCACAGUUUCAAUCAAUGAGAUCUAGAUCUGCAUUCGUGAACAGAGACAAGUUUAAACAAAAUAUACGUGGACGCCUUAUAGUUGCCAAGUCUAUUUACUACAAAUGACUUUCAACUCGUGAGUGGCGGGUGUGCUUUUUUGGGUCUUGUUUUUAACUCGUAGUUGCUUAUUUGGGCUUACUUUCCUGUAUGUGUAAACCCCUCUGAUUUGAAGUUGAAGUUAUUGUUGGUUCAGCCCUCCAACACAAUUUAGGUUUCUCAUGUGGCCCCAUGUAAAAGUGAACUGCCCACCCCUGACAUACAGGAUCAGCGUAUUUGGAGCGUAGCAGCAGCGUAGUGCCGCCCCGGUCAGCUGGGCUCAGUAUAGAGGAAACAACAUGCUCACAACAGGUUGUUUUUCCUUUCUGUGGUCGAUUUCCUGAUAAUUUGGAUAUAAUUCAGUGACUGUUGAGCCUCUACUGUCUGUGAAAAAGCUACGUGAUUUUACAGUUUGUGUUUUUGCAGGUUUACUUGUGUUUAAUAAAGUAAACUAUGUUUCUUUAUGCUGUCAGCAGUUAGCAGUUCAAAGUCCUGUUGGGGUUCACAUGGAUCAGGGAUUGACCAUCGGAUUGUUCUGUGUUACUGAUAAAUCCAGAACCAGGAAGGAUUUCUCAUCUACACGAACUGAUACACAGUUGGGAGUUCACAUAUGGUGUUUUAUUUUGAAAUACCGGAUGACAUGAGUGGUUUUCAUGCUUGACUUCCUGUCUGGACCGAUCUCCUCUGUGUGGAUUGAUGCGUAUUGGAAGCGUAGAACAGCAAAAAAUAGACUCGCUGCGUAUCUUUAGCAGAGCUGCUUCGAUAUGAUGGUGCGACAGAGCUGAUAUAUGCUUUGCUGCAUUGAUUAGAAUAGUGACCUAUUUGCUACGUGAUACGCGACGCGGCUGCCUCGUUCCAAAUACACAUCCUGUAUGUUUUAGCCUUUACUCUGUUGACAUUUGAGGGAUACGUCUAAUUAAAGAGGACGUCACACCUGUCAAUUGUUGAAGAGUUAUCUGUCUGCACAGCUGUACCCAAGUCAAACUCUGCUCUUUGUGGGCUUUAACGUCCCCCUUUAGUUUCUGCAGCUUUGGUCAUGUUUACUCUUUCUCUCUUUUUAUUCUCAUUUUCUCUCUUUUUUAUUUUUCUGGGAUAUUUAAUUUCUCCACUUUGGUUGUAGCUCAGGAACAUAAUGAAACACCGGCAGCACACUGGCCUCAGCUCCUCACUUGCAUGUUAUUAUGAUUUCCCAGCCUAAUAUCCCCCUCACCAUCUGCACUUUUGUCCUGAUGGGCAAAUAAAAAGAUGAAGAACAUCCUCUGUUCACAGCUUUUUUCUCUUCUGUGGUGUCGAGGCCUCCAGCUGAAUCAUAAAUCCGGUGUCAAGCACACGUGUUAAUACCGUCACCUGACUGUCUCUUUGUCACGCAGGAUAACAACUGGUACAUCUCACAGUCCUGCCUUGGAGAUUCAGACAGCUAAUCCAGUUUCCCGGACACGCUGUCGCUGAAAGGACGAGAAGAGUUAAAAUCUCAUUUGGAGUCUGUUGCACGGGCGAGCUGAGCAAACCCCGGAAACGAUGACCCAUGAAAUCAAGGUGGCUGCAGCGGACCCCAUCCACGAUGUGAC